UGGAACGAUAACGAAAACAUGGUCGAGAUUAAGGAUUAAGACAAAAUGUCGAUAUAUUUACCACCAAUUUCUCGAAAAAAGAAAGCGGAUCGAAGAUUGAGUGACAGCAAGACUAAAAUAUUCAGCACAGACUUAAACGAUGAGUCACCAUUCAGUAGAUCCAUUUACCAAUACGAUUUUACAAAGUUUGAUAUACCACCAGCAGAAAUUCGCAUCACAUCACCAGGGCGACGCCACAAACCACAACCAACAUCCGUGAAUUUUAACAACAAAAACUCAAGGACUCUCUGCACACCAUUUUGCUGUGUAGAAACGAGAUCCGUAAAGAAUGAAGAAGGAAAUUGGUGGCCUGAUAAAAUACCAAAGAUCAAGAAAAAGUUGCCAAAAUAUUCUCUAGAUUCAACAUUCCGAUCAGACUACCAACCAAUUGAUAUCAUAAAAUAUGUAAAAUCAUCGAAAGAUGAUACUGAAAAAUCAAGGAAGGCAGAAAAACAGCCACAAAUUAGGAGAGAAAGAAUUUCUUUUGAACACAACUUUAAUUGCCGUUUACCUAAUGGUCAUCCUGAGCGAGGAAAGAGACACGGUAGUUUUAUUUCAAAACAAUGAUUUGAAUUCAUUUUAAUUUCAUUUAAAAUUAUUCUGUUGAAAAAAUAUUUAGUUCCUGUUGCUAAAGUCAUUGUAAAAAUGGACCCUUUCUGCCAGUACUAUAAUCCCACAUCAGAUUCACACCAGCUCAUUCUUCAAUUUCAUAAAUUUCUAGAAAAAAUAUAUUUUUUACCAUAUAA